UUUUUUAUUUUAAGAUUUACUACGAAAAAAACUAGAGUAUGAAAACGUUCGGCAGUUUUAUAUGAGGGGAGCUAUGAGAGGAGCGGCAGGUAGGAGGAAGCCGGAGUACCCGAAGAAACCCCCCGACACCCAACCCUGCGUGUGAUGAGAUGAGAUCUGAACCAGGACCUCUCGCUGAACUGGUGACAAUCGGGCGUUCCUACAUCUGUGGUCUCUAUCUACCCUGGUUUUAUAUACAUUAAGCCAGCGUUUGCCAUCCCCUUUUAACUUGAAAAACUUUUUUUUUUUUUUUUUUUCAUAGCAAACUAUUCAUACAGCAGAUCGAGUCCCAGAAACCUUUGAACUUGUGAGUUACUUCCUCCUUAAUACGAACCUGAAUCCGUCUUAAGAAACGCGCUUGUUUCGGUUUUUUAAUAUUUACCUUUGCAUUACAACCUGUGUUUUGAUGAGAAGGAAGACAAAAGCUUAUUGUUACGAACUAUACAGCGACUUCAUUGUUUAGAUCUGGUUGAGAAAAAAAAAAUUGUUAAAAAAUAGAAUAAAAAGUUUCCGUAUUUGUUCUACAAUUACAACUUUUUGGACCCUAUGUUUUCGCCAUUUUUGAGGUAUUGUUUGCAUCUGAGCCAAUGAGAAUAGAAUCAUGGCGUAUUUUCCCUUCUUCCUUUCCCUCCAACAGAAGAGCUAAUAGUCACUGUACCACUCACUUGUCAGAGGCGGACAACACCAUGGAUGUCGUGGUGUGGGGUGCGCUGCUAUUGCUGUUAGUGACGAAAGCUAGUGCUGUGAAAAAAGAUCAUGUCGCCGACUUGGGUCACAUUUUGCAAGACCAGGGUACAAACUUCUCUACUCCAAACGUGACUAAUGAAGCCUGUGACAUAGAGAACAAAUGCAAAUGCACCGGUGACAAGGCCGACUGUUCACAGAAUUACGGGAGCCUAACAUUUGUCCCUAAACUCCCGAACUACAUUCGAUUCUUAAAUUUUUCCUAUAACAACCUCACAGCCAUUGACAGGGCAGACUUCUUUCUCAACGUCACUUACAUUGAAUGUCUCGACCUCGGAGAUAACGGACUGCGAUACAUUCACUCGGAUGCGUUUCGUGUUCUAAAGAGAUUAUGGAAAUUAUUCCUCGACUACAAUGACCACCUUGACUACCCUGCUCUACAACCUGUGUUGUCUGUCAAGACAUUAGAGCGGCUUGACAUUAGACACGGAACGCUGGGACCUCUACCCCCCGAUCUCUUCUACAGAUUCCCCUUACCACAACUUCAGACAAUGUACUGGCACGAAAAUCGUCUGGGAUUCUUGAACUUCACAGACAUGAAACCUUUGGCAAGUCUGCGAAAUAUCGGCCUUGCGACAAACCGCAUUUCGGGCAUCUACUCCGAUUUCAUGCCUAGACUUGAAUACCUAGUUAUUGCUAAUAAUAAAAUAGACAUAUUUCCAAUCACAUGCGCCCCUAAUGGAACAUCCUACUUUCCAAGGUUAACGAAUCUGUUUCUCAGAGACAACCUUCUACAUGUUUUCACACCAAGUAUCUGCUUACCGAAACUGAAAAUGCUGCAGCUAAGUGGAAAUCGCUUUACCAUUUUGUAUACGGAUAUGUUCAAUAGCCAAAGGUUUCCCAGUUUAGUGGAAAUCUAUUUGAAAUCCAUGAACCAGCAUUUCCAGGAAAUACAGAGAAAUGUUUUCAAUAAUACUUCACUAGAAAGAAUAUCUUUGAUGUACAAUGGUAUAAAAUUCAGAGACGAAAGUAUUCAUGCUGACAGUUUUAUUGGUUGUCCAAGAAUCAGAAAUCUUGCACUGGAUGAUAAUGACUUUAGCGAUGUGGACGACAAACGAUUCCUGCAGCUGUUUGGACACUUGACGAAGCUGGUUGGCUUGUUCAUGGGUAAUUCUUUUGUCGAGCAAGUGACGCUCAACACGUUUACUAAAUUCACAAAUUUACAGAGACUACACCUGUAUGGAAACGAAUUACACACACUUCCGGAUGGCGUGUUUGACAAAAACAGUCUGGAGGAGUUAAUUCUGCGCGACAACCGUUUGAGUAUAAUAUCGCCGUUGACUUUCGGUGACGGAACUAUUAGAAGACUAAAAUCUCUCGAUCUUAGUGGCAAUCUGUUCUCCUGCUCCUGUGAACUAAGGUGGUUCCGUGACUGGAUGGUAGCACAACCCUCGUUGUUUGCUAAAUCACGAGACAAAUACAUGUGCGCUGAUAGACAAAAUGUUUCCAUUAUGUCAUUUUACUUGCCUGAACAGGUUUGUCUGAUGAAUACUGAUUCUUUUAAGUUCAUCGUAGCAAGCGUGGGUUUACUUACCUUUACUAUGAUGAUGUUAUCCUCGCUGUAUCGCUACCGCUGGCACAUUCGUCUCGUUCUGUACGAGACAUUUCGAGAUAGGUCUGGCGAGAGAAGGAGACGUCUGCAGGACCACGUGUACAACUAUGACGUCUUUGUGUCGUACGCCGAGGAAGACUUGCGGUGGGUGCAGAUGAGACUGAUGCCGGAAGUGGAGCAGCGACUGGGAUUGCGGCUGUGUGUGCAUCAGCGUGACUUUAUUCCAGGCAAGAACAUCGUCGACAACAUCGUGGACAGCGUCAACGACAGCAAGAAGAUUCUGAUGGUGUUCUCCACUAACUUUGCUCGCAGUCACUGGUGUCAGUUCGAGCUGGCGUUCUGUCUCCGCCAUGUUCUGGAGAAGGGCGACGACCUAAUCAUCGUGUACUUGGAAGAGAUUUUGUCACGUGAUCUGACAAGCGUGAUGAUGGCGGUACUGAAGACUAACACAUACAUUCAGUGGCAGGACCAUCCAGACGCUGCAGCCUCGUUCUGGGGACGUCUUGAGAUUGCCCUGCAAGAAAUCCUUCCGCAAGUUGUUGAAUUAUAGGCUGUCUGAAACCUUCUUUGGCAGUCAGAUUAGCUUUCAAACCCCAUUCUUUGAAUUGGUAAACUGAAGUCAGUUCUGCUGCUGCUGCUAGAAAAGUUGGUAAAGAGAUUUACAUAUGAUUAUUUUUGUAUAUUGUCACUGGCUCACUGCUCUUCUAUUUGCGGCCCUAUGCUCCACUGGGGGUGAAAAGGAAUAAUAAGUCACUGCUCUUCUGUUCUCUUCUUGCCAUGGUUCAUUUUUAAAAUGUAUUUUUCAUGAGAACAAAUGUGUACGCUAUUAAUUUUGAUGAACGUUCAUCUCCUCUACCCUACUACUUUUGUUUCUCAAACACUUUUAAUUAAAGGGCAGCAGGUAUUUUACAGAUCUGAGUGCGUGCUGUACCACACGGGUAUUGAACCGUCUAGUAAGCGCCCGGACAAAUCUGCCAGAAGGUUUGGUUAAACUUUGCGAAGUUUUUACAUUAUAGUAAUAUUAAAACUAUGCAAAGCUUGGCUGAAUUUUCUCAAAUGUUUCUCCAGUAAAGAAGAGGAGCUUGUUUCCAUAUCAUCACUUACUACUCUUUUGUAAAUCUUCAAUCCUUGAGUUCAUUUCAUUUAUUUCAUGUCCCCCUUUCAUUGGUUUCACUAUUGUUUAGUAAGAUAUUGACUUUACUUGACUUACACUGAAUUUUUCUGUUAUUAAUUAAUCUAUUCAGCUCUAAAUGUGUGAUGCUGUGGUAACUUAAAAUUUUUAUUAUUAAAUACAGUACAUACAGUAGCAAGAUCAAGCAGACGCUGCAGCGUCGUUCUGGGGAUGUCAUGAAAUCACACUGAGUGGGAUCAUGCUUAACGAGCACUGUUAAUACAUUUCUAAUGAAUUUUGUGUUUUUACUUGCACAAUCAGAACUUUUCUGGCACUACAAUUUAAUCUGGCAAUCAAAAUUAUUUUUUCUUCUUAUAAACUAGAAAAUUAAGUUUAUAUAUUUUGUUCUCUUAUUUUCUUUGGGUUUUUUUUUGUGUUAUUAUUCUGUUGAUGAAAAUGAGAAUUUUUGAUGCUGAUGUUUAGGAUCUUGUUGGACGCCAUUUUUACUGGGAAAAUCUCUCCCUACCUCUGUUAAUCUCUCUUGCUCUCUCACCCUCUCAUUAAAUUUGUUUAUUUUUGCCCCUUGAGUGUAGGGAGAAAUUGAUAUUAUCCACAAAUAACAGUUCAUUUAUGCAUUUGUUGUCAUACAGAGCUUGUCGAAUAAAUGUACAUAUAGAGCCUGAACCAAGUAAAUGACUGAUGUUCCUUCACCUAACUGGCUAUAAAGAGUGACUGUUCUCUCUUACCUUUCGUCUUUGUUGAUCUGCGUCAAGUUUUGUGUUUAAUAUUGAUCCAUGUAUCUGUUAUACCAUUUUCUCUGUUCCUGCCAAUUUUUGUUUCUUCUUCUGGACUAUUUUAUUUCCCUGACACACCUGCGCCAUUUUGUAUCACUUACAUUUUAGAUCUCGGCAUCAGCAAUUUCUACUUACGAUUGAUUCCAUUUUCUGCAACUGAUCAGACAGUUUAGAUGUUGAACUGUCACAACAAGUUUAUGGUCUGAUAUAUGACUGACACUGUGCGUCUCCAGGAAGGUAAUUAAGCUUUGUCACAGGCGGGUGACAUGUUAUGCAAAUGGCGGAAUGAGUCAGCAUGGCGCGGGCAGGUCGAACCGCACGUUACACGAGUAAUCAAAUAGUUUGGAAGAUUCUCGAAAGGGAUAGCGAGAUAAUAUUAUUAACCCUCACCGGCCAGCACUUCCCUUCCCAGGUAGACAUGACACUGCC